AUGGCUGGCAAGGUGCAUCGGCUGUGGACGGGCUGGAGCUUACUGCUGCUGCAGGCAGCGCUCUGCUCUUCCCAGAGUAACUGCGAUAGCCCCGACCAGUGUGCUCGGAAUAAUUCUAACUGGACUAGCCUGUGGUAUGUCUGGCUGAUUCUACUGACAGUGUUCAUGCUCCUGCUAUGUGGCAUCACAGCGAGCUGCGUGAAGUUCUGCUGCCGGAAGAAGAGACCCCCAGUUCAAACCUUCCCUAGACGCCCCUAUGAUAUGACAGUCAUUGCCGUUGAUGGCGAUAGCACCGCCCACAGCACCGUGACCUCGUACAGCUCUUUCCAGUACCCCCAGAGCGCCCCACUUCCACUUCCAUUUGGGGAUAUGGAUAGGAGCACCAUGUCUCCCCCAGCCUACAGCCUCUAUGCAAUGGAGUUGCCACCCUCAUAUGAUGAGGCCAUCAAAAUGGCUAAGCCCUACAUCGAGACGGUGUUGGUGGGCCAGAAGCUCAAUGACAUCCUUGAGCCAGUGGCACCAGAAGAGCCAAAUCAGCACCAAGGUUCAUCUGCUCCUGUGGCCAGUGAACCGGAGACACAGCCAAGUUCAGAAGAACCACAAGUUGAAGCACAAGGCCAGCCUCAGCUCUAG